AAUGACUGGUUACAUUAAGCAAAAACACGGUUUCAAUGUCAGUCAAAAAAGAAUUGGAAAGGCCCUGUCAACUGUUUCGCCAUCAUAUCACGCAAGACGUCAAACAGAUACCGCAAGGUCUGUUAAUCCUAUCCCUUACAGGGCUGACUAUUUUGGUCACAAACUUCAUAUAGACCAAAACGAAAAAUUAGUAAUGUACGGUACAACGCAUGUCGUAGCAUUGGACGGUCACAGUCGCUUUGUUGUUGCUGCUGCUACAAUGCCAGUCAAAAGCAACCCCGUGAUAUAUUCGCAUAUAUACAGAAAGGUAUUGACCACAUAUUGCAUGUUUGACCAAGUUCGGGUGGACCACGGGAGAGAAUUUUUUCUCAUGCUGGGGAUGCAGGAGUAUCUGGCAAAUAUUCGUGGUGACCAAUUAAGUUUACCUUAUCAACAAACAGAAUCGAAAAGGAAUCUACCAAUUGAAAGAUUUUGGGUUGAAGUUAAUGGUCGAGUUAAUUAUCCAAUCAAAUCAAUACUAGUCGACAUGGACAAUUCAUUGAUUAUAGACAUGGAUAACAAUAUUCAUAAGUUCUGCGUUUCUUUUGUCACCUGCAAAGUUGCAAACUUUGGGCUGCAAACAUUGGUAAGAGCCUGGAACUGUCACCCAAUACCUGGUAGAGGAGUUCCAUUGAAUAUUAAAGAGAUGACAACUCGAUAUCCUCCAGUGCAGCAGAGUAAUGUCCCAGACACCGCAACAGCUAUGCAAAUAUACAACCAAACAUAUCAAGGACGGAUUUCUGAGCCUAACCAAUUCGGUGACGAUCCUUUAAAAAACCAUCCACAGUUUUUAGCUAAUCGAAACAGAGAGUUUAAUGAAAUCUGUAAUAUUGAACAAAUUUAUAACGAUGUUGUGAACGAAAAUGAUAGAUCGUUUCGACAUGCCGUACAUUGUUUUAUUGAUAUCACUGAAAGAUACAACGCUCUUUUGUAAAAUUGUCUUGUUGCUUUCGCGCUCACUUCUGCAUUGUUAUCAGGAAAAAAUUUGAGUGGGAGAAAAAGUUUUAGUCUUCCUAGUAGGGAUUAACUUUCCAAAAAAAUAUUCAAACGAAACAUAAGAAUUUUUUUGUAAAAAGCAUUUGAAUUAAUUUUUAUCUCCUUUGACGUUUGUUACCCUGUUGUUGGUUGGGCGCACAGAAAGAUCUUGCUUAUGUACCCCCGGAUUCUGUUGCGCGAACUCGCAAGAUCAAGAGUGUUUUUAAUCUUCGCUAAAGGUCAAGAGUGUUUUUAAUCUUCGCUGAAAAACACUUGCGAAAGACCUGGUUUCUAUUAACUUGAAAUCAAAAUGCUCCUUAACGAUGUUUUGGACGUAAAUAUGAAAACGAUUGCAAAAAAACCGUCGUCAGCCUGGAGUGUUUUUUAACAUUGGUUAGCCUGAAAUUUUCUUUAUUUCGUUCUCAUGCGUAAAGCAUCUUUUUUAUGGCAAAUAUAUUCGCUUCCAGACUUUAAAGUUCAUGCAAAAUGCAAAAGACUGAAAAAAAAGAUCUUUUUUCAGAGAAUGUGUAAUGUACCUAAGUAUUGCCGCCACUUUAAAACAUAAGUAAAACAUAUUGUGAAGAAUAAAAUAUAUUUUGAAACAUAAAAAAUACAAGUUUUUACAAAAUUAAAAAUAUUUACACUGUGACAGAUAAAAACCGGGUCAUAAAAAACAGUGGUAAGAAGAUUUUUGCCUUCCUCUCUCCGUUUAAGUAUAUAGUACAUAAAAUAAAAUAAAAGCUAAAAUAAAUAAGAAAUAAUUUUUUGACAUCGAACCGCCUUAAAACUAUGUAAAGAUAGUUUGAGUGAUCGAUCAUCUCGUCAAAUCAAUAAUGUAGAAAAAGGUAAUUUUUGAGGCUCUAUGAAGAAGGGUGCGCAAAGUCAGUAACGCUAUCAAUGUUAGUUUUGAAAAAGUAUUCAGAAAGAUUUUCGAAAGAACGAUGGUGUUUUAUAAAAUUUAAUUCGGAAAGACAGAACGUAUUU